CCCCUCAUCAUUUCUGUUUCUCCGCAAAAUGUUGCUCAAAACUUAGCGCUUCUAUUGGUUCUUAUGAUGGGUGAUGAUCUGAAUCAAAGCCUCAAGUGCUUGUGCACAACCCUGUUGAUGUUUCUCUUCAUCUUCCUGAUCUUCUCCUCUCACACUGUUUCUUCUUCACCUUCUUCCUCGACCCAGCAAAUCCAAACCCAAAACGAGCCUCCUUCCAGAGUUCCCAUCAUUCCCACCCAUCAUCACCAAAUGUUCAACCUCAAGAACGGCGAUCCCAUCUUCCAAGAACGCUUCAAGAAGAAGAAGGCCAAGAAGCACAGGAAGAAGACGACCAAGAAGCCGAUCAAGUCUAGGCCUGCUUUGAUCUCUGUGAUGCUCCCAAAGGGUCUUGUCCCACCGUCUCGUUCGUCUCCUUGUCACAACCAAUACCCAACCUCAAUGUCCUUCCGCUGCCAUCUGGGCCAUAAAAAUUGAAACCCCACGCCACACUGUCAUAUAUAUAUAUGUGUGUGUGUGUGUGUGUGUGUGUGUAUGUAUGCAUGCCAUAUAUGCUCUGCAGGGAGCUAAUAAUGUGAUGAUCUUGGUCAGUCCUUUUGAAUUUUCCUCUCGAUUUCGGCUUUUUCAUGUGAGUCUUGUUUCUUUCUCUCUGGCUUCGUUGGAAAAUAGUA